AUGCCUGCUGACUCGAAAGACUCCUGGAACUCAGCGUCUGAGGGAUAUGCGCCGUUCGAAGCCUUCACAGGCCAAUUUACCCGUGCGGCAUGUGUCGAGUUGCCAGACUUGCUGCCUGAAACUUCUGGCACGGUGAGGAUUAUGGAUGUUGCUGCUGGAACAGGUGCAUCCACAUUUGCCUUGGGCAAACAAAUGUCAGAUCAUUGCAGGCAAGCUCGCCGCACUGCGGCCAUUGUUGCUACUGACUUCAGCGAUGUUAUGUUGAAAACGUUGAUGCAGAAGUUCAACGCCACCGCAGCAGACUCGGAGGUCGCUGCGACGCAAGCAGCAGCAAAGGAAGGGGUACUGGAACUUACAUCCCAGGUUGCAGAUGCACAGGACCUCUCAGCUUUUGCUGAUGGAACCUUCAGUGCAAUAACUUGUACCUUCGGAAUCAUGUUUCCGCCAUCUCCAGAGAAGGUGGUUCGUGAAUUCUGGCGACUGUUGAUGCCUGGUGGAGUCGCUGUGGUCACUACUUGGCAUUACAAUAACAUUCCUUAUGACAUCCUACCCGAUAUUGCACAUGUUUUCAAAGGUCAUAGUCGCUUCAAAGACUUGCCCAUGGCAGCUGCUACUCAUAAGUUCGGACAAGAAUGCUACAUUCGGCGCUUGUUUCGUGGAGACCUCGACAGUGGACCAAAGUUAUGGAAGGACAGCGACCUCAGCGCGAGAUUUGUCGCUGGUUCUUCUGUUUGCCUUCCACAACAUCUGGCCGCGAUGAUGAACAAGAAUCCGCUGUCCAGCGAUUUGGGUGACUGGGACGAAGCCGCUGUAGAGAAGUAUCUGCAGGAUCACUGGACGGGAGAGAAUGGACAAAUCAUCCUCAGAGGCACAGCCCUUGUUCUUGUUGCACGGAAGACAAAGAGCGAAUAA